AAACCGCGUGUGGCGAUAUUCCCACGGUGGAACAAUGGUGAUAGAUUAUGGAAUUGUAGAUGGCCGCCGUCUCGAGUAUGAAGACGAACAUCUCCAACUCGGUACAUCUGAGGAGGGGCAAUGUCCAGACCAUGUCAAGGACCAAGAGAUGAGCUCAUUGCGUGUGUCAUGAAGAGUGAUUGUGUCCUGAAAGGUGGUAAAUCCGUAGGGGAUUGUAUCCGAUCACCUCAGGAACUGCCUCUACGGUGUCAACAUCUCAUCGCGAAUUAUUCAGAUUGUAAAAAGGGAAUGCUCGAUAUGCGCAGGAGGUUCCGAGGCAAUCAUUUAUCAGACGACGCUAUGAAAAUGGCGACAGGGGCUGGGUUAGCUGGAGCAGGCAUGGCGGAUAUUGGGCCAGAUACGAAGAAGUGAGGGGGCGACAUGGUUGAGUGAAGAGAGGAAGCACAUACAUUGUUGUACGCAUUAUGAUACACACCAGUCUGUCUGGAGACCUACAUACAGAUCCUACUCAGUACAUUGCACCCUCCUGUGUAUCUAUACCAUG